UGGUUCAUUAUAUAUUUACCACACAAAAAUGAGACUUUCAUAUCUAAUUUAUUGUUUUAAUUUAACUAUGCAGACUCUGUAAUUAUACGCAUGAAUAAUCCCUCAUCUAAUAAACCUUCGCAAUAAUAAACGAAACGGCCAUAAGCGUGUCGGCUUUUUGGAAAUUAACAUCGUAUUUUUGUUAAUAAGAUUAUCGCUUGGAACAAAGAAAAAUGAAUAUUGCACUUGGACUUUGUUUGCUUGUAUUGACUGUUGCAGUUCAGCAGGUGUCAGCUUUGGAGUGCUACCAUUGUUACACUGGUUGCGACGACCCAUUCAGUGUCAAUGGCGUGUCAAAAACUGAUUGUAACGGGUCAUGUACGAAAACGGAAAAAGAUGGAAAGGCAGCGAGAAACUGCUUUCCUAUUGUGCAGAAGAACAGCUGUGAAGAAGCUGCUGGUGUGAACGUCUGUUACUGCACAGGAGAACUUUGUAAUGGAGCAUCAGAGCGAUACCUGUCACGUGUUAGCAUUGUUGUAACCAUUGCAUGUGUCUGUAUGAGUGUCUUCAAACAUAUCUUCUAAAACAUAAACUCUCCAACAAUAUACGAAUCUGUACAGACCUGUUUACAACAUGAUCAUUGUGGUGGAUUAUCGUGUAUAUGUGAAUUGAAAUAAAUAUUUAAUGAACAUUUAGGUUUAAAUUGAUAUCUGAUUAUUCUAAAGUAUAUUCCGAUAUGAGUUAUUAGAGAGUUUGAGAUUUCAACCUUCGCCUUCCCCUUCAACGUCUCUUGCGAAGUUAAGGUAUGAAGUUGAAGUUCGAUUAAAAUUCCUUGAGAUUUCAAACAUUAGAAUGAACCUUACUUCUUUUAAUCCGCCCAUUCAAUUUAUCCGUAAUUAUGAUCGUUUUGUUCGUGCAUUUUGAUACCAAUUGUCCGAAAGGGCAGGAAUUUUACAAGAGGUUUUAGAAAUGAAAAGAAUGAAAAUUAAAUGAAAAAAAAAAACAUUUCAAUUAAUAUAAUCAUCGCAUGGAUAUUAGAGCGAUUACCUAAAAAACCAACAAAAAAAGCAAAAACAACAAGAAAAAAAAAACACGAUAAAACAAUGUGAACAAUGUAAAAACUCGUUAGUGUUGCUCCAAACAUUUAGGUUUUAUAUAAAAUUAUGUCAGUAUAGUCAGUAUACAAUGCACGAUUGUAAAUCAUACACGAGAGGAAAUAAAAAUGAUUAUUACAUACCUAAAAUUAUUUUCCAUUGGGUUUCAAUGGACCGCGAUCGUGCAAUAUUUUCCAUAUCAUGACGUUGAACGCUUUCAUAUCGGACUAGUUCCAAUCCGUGACUCUAGUUACCUCCCCUGACGGUCCGUCCAUUGCGAAUCUCGUUUCUUUAGAUUUUUGUUGCUAUUGUGUAUUUGUUUAUUUUGUAAUUUAUGCAACAUUUUGUUUACUUUUACACUUUGAUAGGGUAGGGGUAGGGUAGGGUCACACCGAGUUUCAAGACUGACUUUCUUUGUAAAAUGUAAGAAUCAAAGGGGGAAUUAACCCACAAUGUCUCUCUGCCAGGCUCUGGUUCCGUGCAUUUAAAAAAUGGAGUUAUCCCAUACGGCUAACAGGAAAAUUCUCUCAUCAUGAUAUCAUAAAUCUGAAAUUGUCUGAUACUUCAAAAGAAUUUUCCGUCUUACCAUUUUAUGUUUAUAAUUAAAACGCAAUUGUCGUAUUAAGUGUCCGACAGAAACAGAUUGAUUUUAUUUGGAUGUGAAAAUAAAAUGUUCCACCAAAUGAUAAUCACGCGUAAUUAUUUAUUUUUCAAGUAAAAUGACUGUCAUGCCAUGUGCCUCCAUCCAGAUUUCAGUCUUUGAUGCCGAAUAUGUGGACAGAGUAGAUGUAAAAAGAAUGAAGUUUCGACUUCCGUGAUAUCACAUCUUCGGACGUUCAAAACUUCACUUCAUACGACAAAAAGGCCCAUCUGGUACAAUCGAUACCGCCUGGGGACACAAAUAUGCCGUAGAAGUUAAAGUUUGAACAAAAUCUCAAAGUUUCUCAAAAUCAGUUGAUAACUUUAUACUUCCAGGUUCAAUUCAAUGUGUUUAGUUAAAAUCACUAGCCAUACAAAACUUUAUUAUUCUUAUACCUAUUGAUAGUGUUUCGCAUCAAAUUUAGUCUAAUUAUAUAUAUGGAUAAUCAAAUAGUCAGAAAUCCUGAAACUAAGCUUUUUAUUUCGCAUAGUAAUAAAGCGAAGUCUUAGGCUUACGUGAUAUUACAUGGAAAACUUUAGUAGCAACGUGUGAUUUAAAUAAAAUACACGCAUAUCGGUGACGUUUUACCCAAAAUAUAUAUGAGAGACGUUGAAGGGGAAGGCGAAGUUUGAAAUCUCAAACUCUCUAUUAACUGCCUGGAAACUUUAUAUUAGUUAAUGUCAAGUAUGUUUUAUGUUCUGUUUUGAAAUAUGUCCAUAACUUAACAUUGUUUUGUGUUACAUAUCAUCUAAAAAAAAAAUUAUUUUUCAUUUUCUUUAAAACUGAUCGGAAGCAUUUUAUGUGAUUAAUGCAUCAUGAUAACAAAAAUAAAUAAUAAACAUAUUUCGGUAAUUUCACUUCAUUUAGGAAAGACAUAACAUUACCAUACAGGUAAUGAUAGCUUUCCACCACAUUUUCAAAGGCUAAUGAGCUGUCAGUUACACAAAAGAGAUAUAUAUUUAAUGCACGCAUCGAAAAUUGUUUUGUUAUGCUAAUAUAUCAGUUAAAACAUUGCUUUACGCUUUGUAUAGUCUUGCUAUAAACACACGUUACAUUCUUGUCGCAGGCAUACACAUCUUUCACAUCUAUAUGCUGCGUUUUAUUAUCUAUCAAUAUAAUGAAAGGCUGUUUGAUAUAAAUAAAUCUUUCCAGACAGUUUAA